GCCGCAGAAGCACCGCUUCGAGGACGACGGGCCGAGCGCGGCCGGACAGGUGCUGCUCGAAGGAAGUGCCGCUCAGCGGCAGGAGCUGCUCGCAGCCCUCCGUCAAAUCGCGGCCGAACGGGGCGAGGGCGCGCUCGAGGGCAUCGUCGGCGACGAUCUGCGGAUCGCGAUGCCGCACUCAUCGCAGCAGCUGGUCAACGAGUGCAUGCUCGCCCUGCUCGCCCUGACCAAGUCUGCGCGCGUCUCCAAGCCGGCACAACUCGCGGCGGCGCUGCACCUGUGCAGGCUGCCGGCCAGCGAGGCAGAGGUUGCGGCGAGGCUCGACGCGCCGAAAGCCACACCGGCCCUGCUCGACGCGGGCUUGCGGCGCCGCCGCUGGCAGCAGCGGCGCUGCUUCUUCUUGGUCCGCCAGCACGGGCCGAGCAGCCAUGUGCUCUGCCGCCUCCCGCGGGAGCUCUUCGAGCACGUGAUGCCGCGCGGCGUGCCGGUUGCGACCGUCGCGAUCCACAACGCCGCCAACGCCGGCCUCCUCGCCGUCCGGACGCUCGGCCCAUACGGCGCCCCGGCGGGCCCCGGCUGGAUGCAGCCGGACGAUCCGGAUCCCGACGGCGAGCAGCUCAAGGCGCUCAAGGGCUUCCUCAACUCGCCCGGUGGCAAGAAGAUUGAGCGCCUCUGGAUCGACUCGGCCUGCAUGCCGCAGGACCUGCCCAAGGGCUCACGCAGCGCGGAGGACACGGUCGCCUUCAAGGGGAUGCUGAAGGAGGUGAACCGGCUCUACCUUGGCACCACCGUCCUCAUUCUCCUCGACCUCUCGUACGUGUCCCGCUUCUGGACCCAGUUUGAGUCGUGGCUCGCAAUGCAGUUCGCGAUGCCUGACGGCCUCAGGCCGGCGGUGGGCACCAAGAACCAGCGGCACCACAUCAUCUGCAUCCAGAACGCAGUCGAGCAAUCCGCGCUAUUCGAAAAGGCGCUUAUCGACAUGUGGGCGGCGAAGACACCGCAGCAGGCGCACGCCUUCCUCUCCAAGCCCGACGUCACUGUGACCAACCAGAGCGACAAGGAGGGGCAGCUACCGAAGAUCAAGGCGCUCGACACGACGGUGCAAGCUGCCUUUGGCGACAUCCCGAGGCUGUUGGAGGACGAGUUGGCGGCGAGCGAGGCGGCGGCCAAGCGCGCCGAGAUGGCGCGCGAGGCCGAAACCUCCUUGAGCGGAUCAAAGCCCUUGCUGUGA